AUGAGCAUAUCUACCGAUAUGGCAGUUUCGGGCGAGUCGGAGCCAAAGCGGACGAUCCCCUAUAUCCCCCUCAAAGUUCAGAUCAAAAUCGCCCAGUGGCUCGACCUCGAGUCCGCUCGGAGCCUCAGCACGACCUGCAAAGCGCUCAGAGACGCGGGAGAGAUCAAGGUGUGGGAGAUGCUGGAUCUGACUAGCGGAUGGUGCUCGCCUCACUCGACCAAGUAUCAAUCGGAGAUGGUCAUUAACGACCACGAGGCUCGAGCCGCCGUGGUCUCCUCCAAGCUCCAGCAUGCUCUGGAUGCCCUUGAUGCCUACCCUUUCCGCUGGGAAUGCAUCAAGGGCAUCCGCAUCGAGCCGUCUGACGGACCAAGCGGGGAUCGCGCUCGGUCCCUCUUUGACCUCCUCGUCCGGCUCUCCCCUCGCUUGGCUUACGUCGCCAUCCUCGCUCUACCUUCUCGGACCGACUGGUCGGACGCCCACAAAGCUGAGCUCGGCUGCCAGAACUUCCUAUCCCUACUCGACUCGGACACUCUUUGCAUCCCCAAGGUCACACACGUGCAGAUCAGGCGGGGCACCAAGACGAGGAGUCCAGUCCCUAGCUGGAUCCUUCGUAUCAAGCGCUUGCAAAAGCUCGAGUGCGACCACGGAGACAUCUCCUGGGUCAAGGUCAAUCAGGUCAACGACCGUAUCGCCGAGGGGGACUGGAUCCUCGACAAUGUCCUCGGCCUCGUACCCGAGCUGGAACACUUUCAGGCGACCGGCGGCUUCUACUUCUUUGGCGACAGCCCAAAGCUGGAGGCGGUCGGGAGGACGGUGAGGCAGAAGAUCAGCGGAAUCCUCCACCUCAACAGGCGGUAUGAGGACGAAGAGGAUUUCGAGGAUGAUGAGGAAGAGGAUGAGUUCAGGAUGCAGGAUUUCGGACUUGGGGCUGGCUUGAUGCCCCUCACGUUUGACAGCGCGGUGAUGGAGUUCAAGAUGGGGGAUAAGCCCGUGUUUGACUAUGAGGAUCUCGUUCUUCAAUGGGACCGGACCCUCUCUCGGCUCAUCAUCCUCACCGAUCCUCGCCCAUCCUUUACCCAUAUGCCAGUCAUCCCGUCCACCGGGGAGACUCAGCACCUAUCCACCAACUUCAUCCGACAACUCCGCCGCAUACCAGCCCUCACAUCCAUCUGCAUCCCCUGCACCAACAAGGCCUUCCCCACAGACUACACCCCGCCCUCUAUCGAGACCGCUCACUACGUCGGCCCACACUCGUGGGACACGGAUAAUACCCAGGGGGCCAUCAUCCGGCGAUUCAAGACCGAUAUCGUCCCGGGGCAGAUGGAGCCCGCGGACGAGUUUUGGCAUAUCCGGAUCCUGGCCCAGGUCCAGUCGGAUCAAAGCAGCAGCGGCAGCGCGGACAGCGGAGAGCGGGUCUGGCGAGAUCUGGUCCGCUUCGAGGGCAAGACUGUCCCUUGGAAUGUACUGGAGGCGGUCUACGCGACGUCGAUGUAUACUGUCGAUGACAGUAGGGGUUUGAGGCGCCAGGGUUUCGGGAAGGAUGAAUCGGGGUGGGAUAUUUUGAGGAAAUGGCGGCAGACGGCGGGGGAGGAUAGCGAUGAUGAGACGUUCAGCGAGUGCAGUGGGGACUAUGACGAGCACUCGGACCACUAG